AUGGCGGCUUUCAGUAAAUAUGUCACAGCGAAGAACUCCUCAAUAGCAGGUGGCAUUUUACUGACGUUAUACUUGCUGAAAAAGCUAAGCCGAAGGUCAAAGCCUGACAAUCUAAAAGGGGGAUCAAAUUUGGUGUUUAACUUGGAGAAGGAUGGCAAAAAAGACCGUGCGGCUGUUGACAAAAUCUUUUUCCUUCGAAUUCUACGGAUACUGCGGAUCAUGGUUCCGCAAGUCUUUUGCAUGGAGACUGGAUACCUAAUCCUUAUUGCUGUGAUGUUGGUGGCGAGGACCUACUGUGAUGUAUGGAUGAUUCAGAAUGGUACCAUGAUUGAAAGUGCAAUCAUUGGCCGCUCAACAAAAGAUUUCAAGACCUUCUUGUUCAGCUUCAUCCGAUUCAUGCCACUUAUAGCGUUGGUGAACAACUUUCUCAAGUUGGGUCUGAAUGAGCUGAAAUUGAGGUUUCGAGAGAGACUCACAAAGAACCUGUAUGACCAGUACCUACAGAGUUUUACCUACUACAAAAUGGGUAACUUGGACAACCGAAUCGCCAACGCAGACCAAUUGCUCACCCAGGAUGUGGAAAAAUUCUGCAAUAGUGUGGUGGAUCUCUAUUCCAACCUCAGCAAGCCUUUGCUUGAUAUUGGUUUGUACAUCUUCAAGCUGACCAGUGCCAUUGGGGCUCAGGGCCCAGCCAUCAUGAUGUCAUACCUGCUCAUCUCAGGGUUGCUGCUGACCAGAUUGAGGAGACCCAUUGGCAAAAUGACUGUCAUGGAACAGCGCUAUGAGGGAGAGUAUCGCUAUGUAAACUCUCGCCUCAUCACGAACAGUGAGGAGAUAGCAUUCUAUAAUGGGAACCAGAGAGAAAAACAGAUCAUUCACACUACAUUUAAAAAACUGGUUGACCAUUUACAUAACUUUAUCUUCUUUCGUUUUACAAUGGGAUUUGUGGACAGCAUCAUCGCCAAAUACAUUGCCACUGUUGUGGGAUACCUGGUGGUGAGCAGGCCAUUUUUAAAUCUGUCCCAUCCGCGACAUCAGAACAGCACGCAGUCUGAACUCCUAGAGGAUUAUUACCAGAGUGGGAGGAUGCUCCUUCGGAUGUCCCAGGCUCUUGGAAGGAUUGUUCUGGCGGGUCGAGAAAUGACUCGGCUCUCAGGGUUCACAACCCGUAUAACUGAACUGAUCAAAGUCCUUAAGGAUUUAAAUUCGGGCAAAUAUGAACGCACCAUGGUCUCCCAGCAGAAAGAGUUCGAUACAGCAGAAAGUCUGACACUUGUGCCUGGGAAUGGUCAAAUUAUCAACAGAGAUAACAUCAUCAAAUUUGACCACACCCCUUUAGCAACGCCAAAUGGAGACAUUCUUAUUAGAGACCUCACAUUUGAGGUGAGUUCUGGUACUAAUGUUCUCGUGUGUGGACCAAAUGGUUGUGGCAAAAGUUCGCUGUUCAGAGUACUUGGAGAGCUUUGGCCGCUGUUCGGAGGACAACUGACAAAACCAGAGAGAGGAAAGCUCUUCUAUGUUCCACAGAGACCCUAUAUGACCCUUGGUUCACUGCGGGACCAAGUGAUAUAUCCUGACACCGUGGAAGAACAAGCAAGGAAAGGAAUAUCUGAUCAGGUAUUGAAAGAGUACUUGGAUAACGUUCAGCUGGGCCACAUCUUAAACAGGGAGGGAAGCUGGGACUCAGUGCAGGACUGGAUGGAUGUUUUCAGUGGAGGAGAAAAGCAGAGGAUGGCUAUGGCCCGACUGUUCUACCACAAGCCCCAGUUUGCUAUUUUGGAUGAGUGCACCAGUGCCGUUAGUGUUGAUGUGGAAGACUACAUCUACAGCCACUGCAGAAUGGUGGGCAUUACUUUGUUCACAGUAUCUCACAGAAAGUCUCUUUGGAAGCAUCACGAGUAUUACCUUCACAUGGAUGGCCGAGGAAACUACGAAUUCAAACCCAUCACGGAAGAAACUGUGGAGUAUGGCUCUUAA